CGGGGGGGGCAGCGGCAGCAGCAGCAGCGGGGGAAGGAAGCGAGCUGGUCUCCGGAUUCCCGGGCGUGCAGCCCGACGGCCGCUGGGGCUCCCCUCUGCAGCCUGGGCCGGAGGCUUACUUGGGCCCCUGCCGCGGGGCUCCGCUGCUGCCCGGGGGGUGCUGCUCGGAGAGCCGCGGGGUUGUGCCCGCUCUGCGGGUUGCUCCCUUGGCGCACGGAGGAGGGUGGCUGGAGGUAGACGCUUCCCCUCCACCAGAGGCACCUUCCCUCCCAGCCUGCGCUUUCCCUUUUCUGGGAGGGCCUGCGAGGGAUUGCACACAAGUUACAGCUGCUCGGAGAGCCUGGACCCUGCCCGAGGCAGCCGAGCACGGUAUCUGCCCGGGGAACAUUGCUGGCGGCUUCCGAGACAGCAUCGGAUUUUUUUGGUGUCUUUGCUUGAAACCCAAGUGCACGUAAAAGUGCCUCCCCGGAUUUUCCCGUGUUGCUUCUCCCAGGGCUCCUUGCACCCCAAAGUCUGAAUGAUUUCCCUUUAGAGGCUUCUUUUUGAGAGGGCACCUCAGCGCCACGCUGCUGCAUCGUGUGUAUAAGGGCUUUCUCUUUCCUCCUUUAAAAAUAAAACCCUCCACUCCGCUGGAGGGCAAGGGAAGAUGCAGACCUUUCUGAAAGGGAAAAGAGUUGGCUAUUGGCUGAGCGAAAAGAAGAUUAAGAAGCUGAAUUUUCAGGCCUUUGCAGAGCUCUGCAGGAAAAGAGGGAUAGAACUCAUACAGCUUGACCUUACCAAACCAAUCGAAGAUCAGGGCCCACUGGACGUGAUCUUACAUAAGCUGACAGAUGUCAUCCUCGAAGCAGACCAAAAUGACAGCCAGUCAUUGGAGUUGGUUUACAGGUUCCAGGAGUAUAUCGAUGCUCACCCUGAAACCAUCAUCCUGGACCCCCUUCCUGCUAUCAGGACGCUGCUGGACCGAUCCAAGUCUUAUGAACUUAUUCGUCGAAUAGAGGCCUAUAUGCAAGAUGAGAGGAUCUGUUCACCUCCCUUUAUGGAGCUGACAAGCUCCUGUGGAGAAGACACCUUGCAGCUCAUAGAGAAGAAUGGACUAACAUUCCCAUUCAUCUGUAAAACUAGAGUGGCCCAUGGAACCAACUCUCAUGAGAUGGCAAUCAUAUUCAACCAAGAAGGCCUCAAGGCCAUCCGGCCCCCCUGUGUGAUUCAGAGUUUCAUCAAUCACAACGCUGUGCUGUAUAAAGUGUUUGUGGUCGGGGAGUCCUACACUGUGGUAAAAAGACCAUCUUUAAAGAACUUCUCAGCAGGCAUUUCAGAUAGAGAAUCAAUAUUUUUCAACAGCCACAAUGUGUCGAAGCCAGAAUCCUCCUCUGUCUUAACAGCACUGGAUAAAAUCGAAGGUGUGUUUGAACGGCCAAAUGAUGACGUCAUCCGGGAGAUAUCCAAGGCACUGAGACAGGCGCUGGGGGUUUCCCUCUUUGGGAUUGACAUUAUCAUUAACAAUCAAACUGGCCAGCAUGCAGUCAUUGAUAUCAAUGCAUUCCCAGGUUAUGAGGGUGUUGCUGAGUUCUUCACAGACCUCCUGAACCAUAUAGCUGCUGUCCUGCAGGGCCAGACACCAGAGGUGACCCAGCUAAACUUCAGCAAACUCGUGGCUGAGCAGACCGGUGGCAUAGUGGGGGAGCGGACAUGCUGUGCUAGUACAGGCUGCCGAAGCGUGAUGGGAAAAGACUCCUGGAUUGUGGAAAGUGAGACCAACAACUCAGUAAAGCUGCAGCACCAGAGACUAGGAUGCAACUCGGCAGUGUCCCCCAGCUUUCAGCAACACUGUGUUGCCACGUUGGCAACAAAAGCAUCCUCUCAAUAGCCAGACAAUGCCAUGGACUGAGGAAAAGCUUUGGGGAGUCAAAUCAUGGUCCUAGAAUCAGAGCAGGGUGUAACAAAUUUCCACUGAUUUAACCUGAUUUGUUGAUGAGAUGAUCUGAAAAGGAAUGGGGAAGAGAAAUGAUCCAGAUGCAUUUCAUCAGAUUCCAAUUGCAAAUCUAUAGUGAGCUUGCACACGCUUGUGUUUUUAACACUAGACCUUAAUGUGGGAGGGUUGCUUUUGCAUUUUGUUUUAGAUUUUAUUUGUAAUCACCAGUGACCAGCAUUUAAAAUCAGACCUCAUGGACCCGGAAAGAAUUAUAGUUAACAAGGCAUGUGUCUGUGCUAGAGAUUUUCCCCCUUUCCAGAGUACUUCCCAAGUGCUUUUCCAGCUGGACCCCUGAAAGGGAAACCCAAGUGAGCUUUAGUGUCAGCAGAGCAGGUUUGCCCAGAGCUUCACUGGCAAUUUGCUGAGGCACUAGGGCUGCACCUUAUUUGAUGGAUCAGAACAGGUGGCAGCUGCCCUCCUGCUUAAAACUGAGGUGGAGACUGCAGUUCCAACUCUGAUUCUCUUCCUUGGACCAAACUGUUUGAGAUAAAAGCAGCUUCAAAAUAUAUUUUGCCACAAGAACGCUGCCAUUGCAGUAAAGAAUCUUUUCUGAUCCAGCAAAGGGUCAGUUUGAAAAGCAAGGGGUGCUUGCUACUGGCAGGAGUUGGGUGACUUGGUAGAUAAAACACUGCCCUCUGUACUUUUGGCCUGUCAUAAGGCCCUGAAGUGUAUUCUGUAGCUAAAAAAAUAAUUGUCCUUCCAUUUCACUCGGGCAAAGCCUAGGAAUGCUUUUUGUUAGAUGGCCAGCAAAUUGACCACUUUUACAUUCACAGAGUAGUACACGAGCCUCGUAAAUCCUGUGAAUACAUGUGUAAUUCAGACUUGUAGCCACUAUUCUCCAUUAAUGCUUGGCUAUGCAUAAAUCAUUCUCAACCAAGGUUGAACAUGAGCAACGUUGGAUAGAGCCGGGUUUUGUGUAAGCUUGUGAUCUGUGACGGCUCUUCGGAUUUAGAGACGGUUACUCUCUGGGACUGCAAGAGGAGGCUAUUUAGGUAAAUUACAAGAGUAGUAGGUAUAGUUGUUUGUGAACGCUAGCAUAGUCUGAUCAUAUUUUACAGCUGAGAUACCAUAACAAAACUAAAAUAUAUGUUCUCUGCCUGCAACAUGGCAGCAUCUUCUGUCCUUUCACGUUUCCUGCAGCUUUUGUCAAUCGUGAACACUAAAUUGGAAGGAAAUGAAUCAGUCAUUGCUGUAAGAACAGGUUUCAAGCAUACACAUUAUUUUGAUGGGGUUUGUGACCUUUACAUCUUUAGGAAAUGCCUAGGAUAUGUUCAUCAAGAUGCUAUUAAGAAAAGUUCACCUUAGUUAAGCUCUGAGAUUUGGUAAUUCCAUUUUGUCUGUCUAAAGCAUUUAUAGAGCACUCAUCACCACAACACCUGAGUGCCAACUAGUCUAGUAUCUGAUAGCCACUGUGGCAGGAAGGAACAGCUAGGGUAUGAUACAAACUUAGGAGAGUGGAGGGAGCCAAAGCAGGAAGACAGGGAGGAAUGAGCCUAAGCAUUUGAAAAUUACUCACUGCCAUAUGACAGUGGCCCUCCUUUACGGAGAAGUCCUAUGGAGUCCUGUAAUAAUUGCUCUUAAACCUACCCUCCCCCCCACAAAAACAAAAAA